AUGUUGCCACUUUUACACCAAAUGACGGGAUCCCCCACGCCGAUUCCGGCUCUUUCCCCACCCUCGGUUGGGGCGCCCUAUCCAUAUUUCCGUUCCUACCUCUUCUCCCUUUCCAAACGACUGCGCCUGAGAUGA